AUGAUUAAUUUUGAAUUUUGGCAAGUGACCGACGACCAACCACAAGCUGCAUUGAAAUCAAUGAUAAACUUUGAUGCACCAAUUCUCUGUACUGAUUGGUCACCAGAUUGUUCAAAAAUCUAUGCAGGUGGAACUGAUAAUAAAGUAAAGGUUUGGGAUAUACAACCGGAAAUGAAGCUUAUGGUGACGGGAAGUUGGGAUAAGACUCUCAGGUAUUGGGAUUUGAGAUCACCAAAAGAACCUGUAAUAUCUGUCAACCUUCCUGAACGUGUUUAUGGACUCGAUGUUCAUUGUACAAUGAUGGCAGUGGCUACUGCCGACCAUAAAAUUAGAGUGUACAACCUCGACAUUCAAAACAUCGAAUACACAUCAAUGGAUUCACCUCUUAAACAUCAAACUCGUUCUAUCGCUUGCUUUAAAGAUCUUUCAGGUUUCGCAGUGGGUUCAAUCGAAGGAAGAGUUGCCAUUGAAUAUAUUGAUGAUAAAAAAUCACAAUCAUUCUUAUUUAGAUGUCAUAGGGAACCAACACCAGGAUCAACUGUUGAUAAUGUACAGUGUCAAUAG